AACAGCCUGCUUAUUUUGUUGUGUUGUGAAUUGAUGUGAAUGUUGUAAUUAUAUGCUUUGGAAGUGACGUAAAUUGUUGUUGGUAAAUCUUUCUAAUAUUGUAGAAAAUUGAGCUGAGAAUAAAGUUUAUUCUAUAACAGAAAUAUCGUAUAAAAUGUUUGCUUCUAGGUUAAUCCUAAGGAAACUACCUAUACAAGCCUAUGAAGCCUUCACUCAAGCUUGCUUUGGUCGUCCAAACAAUGCAGUUCAAAAGGGCGCUGUAUUCAACGUUUUUCAAUCGGUUUCACGAAAUAUGUUUAUUCAAACCCAAGAUACGCCAAAUCCAAACAGCCUCAAAUUUUUACCUGGUGUUAAGGUGCUGGACCCAGGUCAGACCAUAGAUUUUCCCAAUGGGACCGAAGCAUUCUGUUCUCCCUUGGCCAAGCUCCUGUUUCGUAUUGAGGGAGUGAAAUCUGUCUUCUUUGGCCCCGACUUCAUUACAAUUACAAAAUUAGAUGAGGAUGUGGACUGGAAAUUGAUGAAGCCAGAAAUCUUUGCAACCAUAAUGGAUUUCUUUGCCAGUGGAUUGCCAAUUUUAACAGAUGCCCAGCCUUCUUCCGAUACACAGAUCAAUGAGGAUGAUGACGAGACGGUUCAGAUGAUCAAGGAGUUGCUGGACACAAGAAUACGACCCACAGUGCAAGAAGAUGGAGGAGACAUUGUGUUCAUGGGUUUUGAAGACGGAAUAGUUAAACUGAAAAUGCAAGGUUCCUGCACAAGUUGUCCAAGCUCUGUGGUCACGUUGAAGAAUGGGGUGCAAAAUAUGUUGCAGUUCUAUGUACCUGAGGUCAUUGCAGUCGAGCAGGUUGAAGACAAAGCUCAGAAACUUGAAAAGUCUGCAUUUGAGAAGAUGGAGGAGAAAUUCAAAUCCGCAGAUAAUAAAUAAACAUGCAAUGUAUCCUUAGUUAUUUAACUUUAUUAGUAUAAAUUAUAAUUCAUGUAUAAAGAGUCCUAUUAAGAUAUAAACUUUAUUUUUUCUAGUUAAAAACUAUGUUUGUGUGUUAGUUUUUAAUAAGUCAUAAAGAGUCUUUGAUUUUGCCAAAAUUACUCAUAUGAAAUAGUUGACAGAUUAAACUAUUAUAAGGUACAUAUAAAUGGUAGUGUAAUAAAUGCAUGUAAAAACCUGUGAUAAUAAAAUAAAUUUGUAAAAAGUU